UCUGCGCCUGCGGCAGCCAUCAUUGCAAGAUCGGUCUCCGGAAGCGGCUGAGCUCUCACAACGUCCUCUCUUCCGUCGGUGCCUGUGCCCAAGACGACGAUGGCCUCGUUCAUGCCGAACGGUCAUCUUCGAACCUCCGUCGGCAAGAAGAAGCACUCCUUCCGAAGAAAGCUCCGUCUGCUCUACCAGGUGGCCUUGGAGACGGUAUAUUCCCAUAACCGCGACAUCUCCCAUGGUGGCGUCAAGAAUGCCGGUGUCCGUACCAAGCACAAGGCUGUCUCCACGAACCCGACCAACGCAACGCCCUCGGUCGCCCCAAAGCCCUGGAAAGCGUUCCACCAUCAAGAUCAUCACCUUUGCAAUCACCAUCCUCAAAGGCCCCAACAGCCUCAAGCUAUUGAACUACAGGCGGCCGGGCCAUCAUAUCCUCCAAGAUCGGGCCACAACUCCUUCCGUACAAGCGCCCUAAGCAGAUCAAUCAAUCCUGCGGACAGCCCACCUUCCGUCACGUCGCAGCUGCCUUCGAGCGGCGCAACGUCGGAUACGAUCCUGCAUCAAGUCUAAGCUUAUCGAUACGUGACUCCACCGAGCCAUCGGCCCAGUUGACUUCACUAUCGUGUGCUUCAACAACAACUUCCAGCCAGCCCCCAACUUUGUUAUGAUC